AUGACAACCUAUGCAGCAGAAACCGAAAGGUUAUAUCUCGAGCCACUUGGCGUACAACAUCUAGAAGAUUUCCACGAGCUCUGGAAUAAUGACGAGGCGGUUUUAUGGUCGUAUUACAUGAUACUCCCAACGAAAGAGACCUGGGAUAUAGAUAAAUAUGCUCUGUUGUUGAAAGAUGAGAAGAAUGAGAAGGGGGGUUUGAAGAUGGUGGGAUUUGUGGGGACGAAUAGGUGGUGUGAAAAAGGUAUGGAGGUUGGUUAUUGUUCGAAUGUCGAGUAUUGGGGGACGGGGUACACUACUGAGGGCUUUAAGACGUUUCUGGAACUGUAUUGGACGCUUCCUGAAAGGAUGAAUGUGGUUAGGUUAGUAGCCAAAACGCACCCGGAGAAUGUGGCGAGUCAGAGGGUUUGUGUUAAAUGUGGUGGGAAGAAGGGAGAGGUGCUGAAGGAGAGUUAUGAGAGGUUUGUGGAUGGUGGGCUGAAGAGUGAUGCUUGGUUGUUUUAUUUUGAUAGGCCUGGGGUGGAGGUUAAAGAUGGGAGUGACGGGAGGGUGGAAACGGAGGCUCCGAAGGAAGAAAAACAAGAGAAGGGGGAUGGAGCGUAA